AUUUUUCUGAUAUGUUUUCUGUAUGUGUGUUGAUGAUUGGGGGUGGGGGGAGACUGGGAUUUACAGUCCUAUAGAUAGGACAUGUGUGGAAUUAGGGUUAUGGUUGAAGACUCAGACAUUCCUAUGAACAGGAUGAAGAUCCAUUGGGGCAGAUUGGAUCUGUGUUAGGGUUUGAUUUGAAGAAGCUUCAUGGUUAAACGGGGGCAGUGGAUUAAUGUUGCUUUUGUUUAGCUCAAAAGAAGCUACACAGAUUUGGGGGUUUUGAUUGGUUGGUUCAGAACUGGUUUUUGAAUCGAUUACCGUUGUGGGUUUUGUUUUUUGAUACUAGGGUUUGUUGCCCAUCAUCUUAUUCAAGUGAUUAAAUCGUUGAGGUGUUGUGGUCAUAUCUACUCUGUUUAGAGAAAUUAGGGUUUGUUGCAGGAUCUGUGAUGCUAUGAUUGUUUUCUAGAAAUUAAUGUAGGGCUAAUGGAUCUCGCUCUCUUCCCCAAAAUCAGACACAAUUGUUUUGGGGGUCGAUUGGGAUCUGAUAAUUUUGGAUAGACAAGAAUUGGAUACAUGGCUGAUAUGGAAUUGGGAAAAUUUUGGGGUCAAGGGAGAUGGAUGCCCUUAGUUGUGCAGUAGCCAGUAGGUGCAAUUUGUCUGAAUUACUACAUUAAAUUAGAUUAUUAUUGAUGAUUGCCGCCUUGAAAGGCACAAAUUGAAUCUUAUCUUGUGUUACUAGUCUUCAUGAUUAUGCUCACUUUUUGGUGUUAGAUCCCUGCAAUUGGAUGGCUAGCUUCAAAUAUGUGAUUCUCUAGUUGUUGAAGUUUUUCGUCGGCUUAGAAGAAGCCUUGAUUUGGUUUUCAACUUUACCUAGAAUCUAUCUACUACGUGGGGGAUUUGUAUUUAGACCUUUAUGGUUGGUUGACAUGAUCUGCCUUAAGGCAACUGACCUGUGGAGUCCUAUUUUUGGCAAUCGCUGUCAUAUCUUUCUCAAGUUGAUUUACAUUCUCGCAUGGUGGUUAGGAAGAAAUCUGGCAUAUGGGAAGACAAUGAGGGUCUUGAUUUAAUGAUUCGUUCGUGUACUUGUAGAGGAGGGUCGGCCUCUAGCCGUGCAUUAAGUAGAAAUCGAUUAGCGGUUGCAUCCUGCAAGACUUGUGGUGGUAAGCCAGUUGAUGGGAAGAAAUCUCUAUCUGGAAGUAUGUUGAGCUCUGGUGGUCUGGAGCUUACUACCGUUUUCAAUCCAGACCUGAGUUGGAAGACAAUUUCGAAAGGUAGCAGGAGUGCUGCUAGACGACCUAGAAAACCAUUUCUGAGAAGUGUGGAAGGAAGUGCAAAACUUGUUCCAGGAAGUGGCAAGGGUAUUGACAAAGGAGAUUCAAAGAGGCAAUUGGAUAUGCCAGUUUCCGAAUCUGAAAAGCUUGGUGUAACUAUUCUUGGUAGACACUUCAGCAACAAAAUAGAGCAUAUACCCUUAAAGAAAAGAAGAUUUUUAUUCCGGUCACCAUCACCUCCACCUCGAGUUCCUUCUCCACACCAACAUGACUCGGUCAGCUUUUUAAAAGGUCGACGUGCCAUGGCAAUUGACAAUGCUGUUGCUAAUGAGUUGGGCCAGGGGGUAAGUGCCAAUGGAAAGAUCUCAGAGGAUAUCCAUGAAGACUUUUCAGGCAUUUCAAUACUGGCUGCUGCUGCUUGUAUUCACAGUAUCGAAUCUUGUCCCAGUGAUAAUGAUGAAGGCUCAGCACCUGGAAAGUUAUCUGUGUUGGGAAGGUCUGAAGGUUUGAUAAAGUCGGAAUCAGGGCGCACGGCUGAGCAACCUGGCAUGGAUGAUUCACGAAAUGCAUCACUAGCCAUGGAAGAAACUACCAUGUUAUGUGAUACACCCGAGGAAGUCACCAAAAAUUUGACAACUGUUACCAAAGAUGUUGCGGGUGGAAAGGAUACAAGGUGCCCCACUGUUGAAUGUAAGGAUGAUGAGACUGAGAGAAAGCUUGAAUCUGCCUCUCGGGAUGAUAGGUUACAUUGGGACUUAAAUGUCGUUAUGGAUGUGUGGGAGGAUCCAGUUGAUGAACCAAAAGAUGUUAAUGGCCUCGAGUCCAAAAGAAUGGUUCCUGGGUUUCCUGAGUCCAACAGGGACAGUGGGUUGGAUGUCUGCAAAGAUGCAGAACAAAGUCCCAGCUUACAAGGGAAGGAAUUUUCUUCUGAGAUUGAUAAUGCCACACAGGACAUGGUGAAAGAAUCAAAAUUAGUCUGUGACGAAGAAAAAGGCCACACAGGACAUGGUGAUUGUGGUGCUGAUGCAGUAGUUGAAGAAGUUUCUGUUAAGAGUCCUCAGUCUCAGACGUGUGAUGUGCCUCUCUCUGGUAGUAUGAUUUCUAAGGGAGCUUCUUUGAAUGCUGACAAUGCUUACAGAAAAUCUGAUUUGCUCGUUGAAAGAUAUCCACCCAAGAUUAACAGCAAUUUAGAUAAUGUAAAUAAUGAAGAACUACGAGCUGAUCUUCUGAUCGAUGGCGUAGGUGUCUCGGAUGCUUCUGGUGUUACACACACACCACUCGACUGUGAAGAUACGUCUAAUUUAGAUGCUUCUGUUGCUGAAGGUGUACAUGUUGCUGAUGCAUGUGGAAGUGAACUAGGUGUUAAUAAUGGAGGGCACUUAAGUACUGAAGACUUUGCAGCUCGUGGAGAUGAUGACUCCGAAAAAUCCACUCAUACUCCUGAAGUUGUUGAGACACAAAUUGCAAUAGGAAGUUUGAGCUCUGAUGAGGUAUGCAGAAGUUAUGAUCAUCCUGAAAACAGUUCUGGUAAGCUAGCUCUGGAAGAUCCUUAUGAGGAUAGUGACUACGGUUCGGAUGUUUCUCAGGAUAAUGCGGAUCUUGUUCCCGUGGUUGAAAAAAAGGUUGAGCACCAGACAGGCUAUGAUUCGCAGUAUGAGGAUGGGGAAUUGAGAGAGUCCACUGAAAAUAACUGGGAAGAAGAUGCUGGUGAAGAAGUAGCUGAGCAUGUGGAUUAUGGGUCAUAUAACAGAGAAAUGUAUGGUUUUGAAGCUGCUGAAGAGGCAGAAGUUGGUAAUGAUUUUAAUGGAGAUCUAUUCAAGGGGAAUGCCAAUUGCAAAUCAUCUAUUGAAGGUUUUUCGAAUUGCAGCGUUACUGAGACUGGAUCUAGUAGUGAAAGAACUACCAGGGCUGUGAAGCAACAGUCAAGGGGGGGCUAUGGGAGGACUGUUGACAUUGAAAAGAUUAAGAUGGAUGCUAAAGUAGAUGGAGUAUCCAAUGCUACUGCUUCUUAUAUGGGAAUCCAAGAAAAUGGUUCUUGUGUGGGUGGGAGCCUGGUAGCAAGCUCAAGAUUGUCUUCUUGGGGAAAGUUUCAAGAAAGUUGUCAAAGUACUGCAGUUGGUUACAGGAAAGGGGAUGGUAUGGGUUCUAAAGAUUCUAUAACUGGGGUAGUUGGUGCAUUUGCUCCGGGUGUGGAGCUUCCUAUUUAUAAUGAAGGACUAACAUCAUGUGAGACCUUUCCUAGAAAGGAUAGGGCAUAUACUAACAGAUCCAACAACUUUGACGAUUCAAAUCCUAGAAUUGGUAUGGAUGGCUCUUCAAAAUCUACUGUAAGAGGUGGUUCUUCUGUGCAUAUGCUGCAUGGUAGAGGCCGAGGGGCUGAUACCUGGGUCGAUUCUUCACGAGGAAGCUGGGUUCAAAAUCGCCAUCAUUCACCCAGUUACUAUGGCCCAGCUAAUUUUGUGUAUCCUGGGGCAACAAAUGCCGCUGCAGCUGCAGCUGCAAAGGUUGAAAGCGAUGGUUUUAUUGUGGCACCAGAUGGUACAAUUAUUAAACCAGGUGCUGUGGGACCCAGUCCAAGUGGCAGAGUGCAAAGACAACCGGUGAAUUCUUCUUUACAGGUUGGGCAUCGAACAAUAACUAGAAGAGUAUCUCCAAGUGACAGAGACGCUUUUGGUAUUCAUAUGGGACCCGAACCAGUUGGAGAAAUUAUCCCUGAUAGAAGCAACGGUUUGGGAAGAAGCAGAACUGUUAGAUAUGGUUCACGAGUUGUUCAGACAGGCCCCAGGGAGAGGUACAUUCUUCCGGAUGAGGGAAUUGAUUCUUCCAUGCGCCGCCGAAGCAUUUCUCCUAUUCAAAGAAGGGGUAUUCCUCAUCUGUCUCAACCUUGCACGAGAUCCCGCUCAAGAUCUAGAACUCGCUCUCCUAAUGCAUGGCCUUCUGCCAGGGGCAGAUGUAGUAGGUCACCUCCUAACAUCAGAUCAUAUACCAGAAUGGACCGGAUAAGAUCACCGCACCGGCGGCCUGGUUUUGGACCGGAUCAUAUGAUGGAAUUUCUUCCAAUCUCUAGAAGACGUGGUUCCCCACCUCGUACUUCUAGGUGGGUUGAAGAUAGGAGGGAUGACAUGGCACAUGUUAGGGAGCACGGUUACAAGCAACGAUCUUCUGAUUCAGGGAGGGGCUCACCACGAAGAGUUUUCAGAAGGAACCAUAGGUUUGAUGUAACAGAUUCGUCAGAGAGAUUCAGAGCAGAUGAGUAUUAUAAGAGGCCCAUACAUCCUGGAAGGUUUCAGGAAAUGGUGGGAACUGGUAGAAGGCCUAGGUAUGAUGGGAGUGAUGAUGACAAAAGGAAACAUGGUGGUAGAUAUGGAAUAGUACAUCGAACAAGACGAUAUGAUACAGAUGAACCCAUUAAGAGGUUCCAGUAUGGCGUAGAAGAUGAUUUACCAGUGCGAAGUUCUCGUAAUAAGGAUAUUUCGGGAGAGUUCCAUAGUAGUAGAGGAGGGACUAUUAAGGAGGAUUAUGUGCAUGCUAUUGAUAACAGAUUAGAGGAAGCCCCUAGUGGUGGAGUUAGAGAUGAUAAAGGUCAUUUAAGAUAUGGCCGCGAUGGGAAGUAUGAUUUAAAUUCAAAAUCAUUUGGAGUCAGAGAAUGUGAAGAUGAUACAGCACCUAAGAGAAGAAGACCUUAACUUACCUUUACUUUUUUGAUUUUUUUUUUCCUCUCGAUUGGAUAGUUUUGGUUUGCAGGUGUGGUAAUGAGAUGUUGAACAUGAUCAACCUUUUUGUUAUUAUCAGUCCAACAUCUCAAGCCUGCAGUUCUCCUUUUUUGAGUAGUGGUUAUGAAAGUUCACUAAUAUAAAUAUAUUCCUUUUGCAAAAUUCUUUAUUU